UGCUAGCCGCGGCGGCUCACCUCGUUGGCCCCUGCUUCAUUGUCACCCGCGUCUGAGGCAACGCUGGGUGCUGCGAUUCGCCAGGUCUUCGGCCCGGCUGCUUUCUGUUCCGCUGCCCACCCGGCUGAGUCCACGGGCCCCGCGCCCCAGGCCCGGCCCGUGCAGGGCCCAUCUCGUCUACCAUGAAGGGCUCAAGGGCUAUCAGUGAGGCUACUGAGGGCACCCCAGAAGGCAUGGACCUGAGUCUGAUUGGUCUCCCUCCACCAAUGUCUCAGCAUCCCAGCAGUGCCUCUGCCACCAAGCCCAUCGUCAGGUCUGUCUCCAUAGCCACGGGCAGUGAGCCAAGGAGAAAGACACUGGAGGCCACAGGACCUGGGGGCUCCCGGGCCAUCAACAACCUUCGAAGAUCUAACAGCACCACACAAGUCAACCAGCCAUGGACCAGCUCCCCCAGGCCAGCAGAACCCACUGACUUCCUCACACUCUUUGAGGGCAGCACCAGUGAGAGAAGGAGGGUGGCCAGUCUGAGCAAGGCACCCAGUGAGAAAGGAGCCACAUGGAACAUCCUGGAUGACCAGCCCAGGGGCUUUGCCUUGCCGGCCAGUGUCCCAAGUUCCAGUGCCCUCGGUUCCCCUGCAGGCCCAAGGAGGAAGGAGAGCACCCUGGCACCCAGCUUCACUGCCAAUAACAGGAGCAACAAGGGAGCCGUGGGCAACUGCGUUACCACUAUGGUACAUAACCGCUACACCCCCUCAGAGAAGUCACCCCCGCUGAAGAGCUCCAACCAGACAGUACCCUCCCUCAACAACAUCAUCAAGGCAGCUGCCAGUGAGGGCAGCAGCUUCGCAAAGCCCCGGAAGAACUUCUCCAGCAGCAACCAUGAGGCCCGGAUCUCUGCCGGCCUGCUUAGGAGGAAGGAGGUGACUGAGGAGGAGGCCGAGAGGUUUAUCCACCAGGUGAACCAGGCUGCUGUCACCAUCCAACACUGGUACCGUCGACAGGUGCAGCGGCGCCAAGCAGCAGCAGCAAGCCUUGAGCACUUGUUGGCAUCCAAGCAAGAGGAACAGCUGCAACAGCAGCGGCUGAGCAGUGGGAAUCUUCUGGACCUGCACCAACAGAAGGAAGCCACAAGGAAGAAGGCCCGGGAGGAGAAAGCGCGUCAGGCCAGGCGUGCGGCCAUCCAGGAACUGCAACAGAAACGAGCCCAGAAGUCAGGUGAGGCUGAGUGUGGGCUGCCCAAGGAGAGCUCGGAAAACAGGGCACUGGGGCAGCCUCAGCCCAAACAAGAGCCACCCCUGAUGCCAGGCAGCACUGCCUGCCAGGCUGUCAAGGCGAAUAAUGCUGGUACCAGUGUCUACCUGGGAGGCCCCAGAGACUCCUCCCCACCUGCAUCCUUGCCUGACUCAUCCCCAGAUCCCCAGCAAUCUUCAGAGGACAAGCCACAGGAUGUCCACUCCCAGGUUGUAGCCAUUGAGGACACAGGGACAAUGGACCCUGCCAGGAGCAGGGCCAAGUCCAGGGCAACACUGGAUGAGCUGCUGGACACGCUGAGGCUGCUGGAAGAGGAGCCAGAGCCACUGCCCCACCCCAGGGCCUAUCAUAAGGAUAAAUACGCCUGGACUGAUGAGGAUGACAAUGCCAGCUCCCUGACAGCUGACAAUCUGGAGAAAUUUGGAAAACUCAGUGCACCUCCUGGCCCCCCAGAGGAUGGGACGCUGCUCUCAGAGGCCAAGCUGCAGAGCAUCAUGAGCUUCCUGGAUGAGAUGGAGAAGUCAGCACAGGACAGGCCGGCCCCCCACCUGGAGGGCUUGGUGCCAGAGGCAGGACGGGGGCAUCUGGAGCUAGCAUCUGAGGGGAGCAUGUCUGUAAUGCGGCUGAAGCUGGAGGUAGAGGAGAAGAAGCAGGCCCUGGUGCUGCUGCAGAGAGCACUGGCACAGCAGCGUGACCUCACCAUCAGGCGGGUCAAGGAGACUGAGAAGGAGCUGAGUCGGCAGUUGCGGCAGCAGAAGGAGCACUAUGAGGCCACCAUCCAUCGACACCUGACUUUCAUCGACCAGCUGAUUGAAGACAAGAAAGUCCUGAGCGAGAAGUAUGAGACAGUGGUGGCUGAGCUGAAGCAGGGAGACCAGCGGUAUCGGGAGCGUGUGGCCCAGAUGCAGGAGCAGCAGGAGCUGGAAAUUAAGAAACUGAAAGAACUAAUGAGCGCCACAGAGAAAGUGCGCCGGGAGAAGUGGAUCAAUGAGAAAACCAAAAAGAUCAAGGAAAUCACUGUCAGAGGCUUGGAGCCUGAGAUCCAGAAGCUCAUCGCCAAGCAUAAGCAGGAAGUGCGGAAGCUCAGGAGCCUGCACGAGGCUGAGCUGCUGCAGCGCGAUGAGCAGGCCGCACAGCGCUACCUGCGCCAGGCAGAGGAGCUGCGGGAACACCUGGAGCGGGAGAAGGAGGAGCUGGGUCAGCAGGAGCGUGCCCGUGCCCAGCAGCGGUUCGAGCAGCACCUGGAGCAGGAGCAGCGGGCCUUGGAGCAGCAGCGGCGGCGGUUAUACAGCGAGGUGGCCGAGGAGAAGGAGCGGCUAGGCCAGCAGGCAGCCAGGCAGCGGGCGGAGCUGGAGGAGCUGAGGCAACAGUUGGAAGAGAGCAGUGCGGCACUGACCCGAGCCCUAAGGGCCGAGUUUGAGAGGGGCCGGGAAGAGCAGGAGCAGCGGCACCAGAUGGAGCUGAAGGCCCUGAAGGACCAGCUGGAGGCGGAGAGACAGGCGUGGGUGGCCAGCUGCGCCAAGAAGGAGGAAGCAUGGCUGCUAAACCGGGAACGUGAGCUAAAGGAGGAGAUCCGGAAAGGCCGGGACCAGGAGAUCGAGCUGGUCAUCCACCGGCUGGAGGCUGACAUGACACUGGCCAAGGAGGAGAGCGAGAGGGCAGCUGAGAGCCGUGUCAAGCGCGUACGGGACAAGUAUGAGAUGGAGCUCUCAGAGCUGGAGCAGUCGGAGCGGAAGCUUCAGGAGCGAUGCACAGAGCUGAAAGGGCGCCUGGGGGAUGUUGAGGGGGAGAAGGAGCGUCUUCAGGCCCUAGUGCGGCAGAAGGAGAAGGAGUUGGAAGACGUGCGGGCAGUGAACGUGCAGCUCUCUGGUGAGCGCAGCAACCUGGCCCAGGUGGUCCGCCAAGAGUUUGCUGACCGACUGAUGGCCUCCGAGGAGAAAAACCGGCAGGUCACAGCCGAACUAGCUGAACUGAGGGCCCGCCAGCAGCUGGAGCUGGACGAGGUGCACCGGAGGGUGAAGACAGCCCUGGCGAGGAAGGAGGAGGUGGUGAACAGUCUCCGGAGACAGCAUGAGGCUGCCGUGAAGCGGGCAGACCACCUGGAGGAGCUGCUGGAGCAGCACAGGCAGCUGUCCCUGAGCACCAAGUGACACUGCCCACCAGCUAGAAUAUAAGGCCAGAGGUGGACGCUGGAUCUUGCCGCUGGCACCUAGGCCAUGUCACACCAAGACACAGGAUGAGGGGUAGAGUUGAUGCUGCUGUGAGGGGCACCCCUGCCGGCCCCCCGGCAGAGCCCCAGUGCUCAGGACGCCGUAGUUCA